AUGGCUCCUCCCAAGAAGGGUCCCUUUAGUGGGCGUCAUUCUGUUCCAAAUACAUUUAUUUCUGCACAUCAUUUUGAUUCCUUUUUUCUCAUUAAACGCAUUUCGGAGAAAAAUGAAACUUUCGCAACAGUGUCCCCUUUCCUUGUCCAAAAAGCUAUUUCAGCAACAAUCGGUGAAGUAUCAUCCAUUAAGAAGAUGCGUUCUGGAGAUUUAUUGGUAGAAGUAAAUUCUCGUAAACAAUCCCUGAAUAUUCAAAAACUGAAAGCCUUGGCUACAAUAGCUAUUAGUGUAAGUCCUCACCAGUCGAUGAAUACCUGUAAAGGAGUAAUUACAUGCGGUGAAUUACUGAAUGUACCUCUAGAGGAAAUAACAUCAGAGAUGAAAUCGCAAGGAGUUAUACACGUCCGUCGUAUUUCUAUUAGACGUGAUGGUGAACUCCUUGAGACUAAACAUCAUGUUUUAACACUUAAAUCGCCAAAAUUACCCGAAAAUGUAUAUGCAGGUUACAUACGAUUACCCGUCAGGCCUUACAUCCCUAAUCCACUCCGAUGUUUUCAGUGUCAGAGAUUCGGCCAUUCAAAAGUUAAUUGCCGCGGGACACUCGCAUGUGCCCGAUGCUGA